AAUAAAGAGUGGCAGACUGCUCUCUUCUUUCAAUAGUAAAGGUAAUUGAGGUGAUCGAUACCUUGUAAUAAAGCGUACAAUGGAGCAAACCGAAGUGAUGAAACCAGAAACGCUAGACGAUCUGAUUAAGAUUCUUCACGAGAUUUUUUCCGGCAACAAUAUUAAUAUUGAAGAGGUGCAAAGUAUAAUGGAAUCAUAUGAGAGCAAACCCCAGGAAUGGAAGAAAUACGCAAAAUUCGACCAGUUUAGGUACACAAGAAACCUUGUAGAUGAGGGGAAUGGGAAGUUCAACCUCAUGAUCCUUUGUUGGGGGGAAGGUCAUGGCAGCAGUAUCCAUGAUCAUACAGAUUCCCAUUGUUUUAUGAAACUGCUUCAAGGUCAGUUGAAAGAAACUCUUUUUGACUGGCCUGAAAAAAAAGCACACGGAGCCAUGAAAAAGAAAUCUGAAAGAGUCUUGCCAGAAAACCAGUGUGCGUAUAUUAACGAUUCCAUUGGCCUGCACAGGGUGGAAAACGUCAGUCACACAGAGUGUGCUGUCAGCCUUCACUUGUACAGCCCUCCUUUUGACUACUGCCAGACAUUUGAUCAGAGAACAGGUCACAAAAACCCCGUCAAGAUGACUUUCUGGAGCAAAUUUGGAGAGAAGACAACAAACGAAACUGCUGUAUCACAAGAGAACAACUAAAAGGACCUGAUAAUUACCCUGUGUAGAAAUGCCUUUAUGGAAAUUCAAGCCAGGCACAAAAAGCAAAACCAACCAGAUAGCCAACAGAAAACCGUCAUGUAAAACAAAGAGAGAAAUCCAAAGGCAGUCCAUAAUUAGAGCUGCUUUAUUACCUAACAUUUUAAGCCUAACUAAUGCUGAUUAAUGGACACUGAACAACUGAAUAGUGGUAUUAACUUCAGCAGAGGGAUAGAUCUGUUCUUUGUUUGGUAAGCUCGAAGAAACUCCCUGCCAAUAACAGAAUUCCUAUGCGUCCGUGACCUGUGUAAUUACACUGUUGUACUGUUACAGGGGACAAAAUAUUCAGUUUAGGGGUGGCAUCUCCUGCAAAACCAAUAACAACCUUGAAGAUGAACAAGUGGAGCAAUAAUCUUAAAGUUUUUUAUUGGUUAUUUUUUAACAUACAAGGUAGCACUUUUUAUUACAGAUGUACUGAUUUUUGUCUAAACACAUUUAUUGGCAUUCAAAAUUGUACAGACUUUAAUUGUACAGUUUGCUAAAUCUGGAGUUUUCUUGAAAGUCUUUAAAUGUACUAUUUUUAGAUGUAAUGAAUUGUUUACAUAAAAAUAUUUGUAUGGAAUAAAUGGCAAUUGAUAUUUUAGUCAUGUCAUUGGUGGAGUUUCUAGUUUUCCUUUUAAGAUUAAUCGGUGGAAAAAACAGGAUAAAUUAAAGGUAGCCUUGCUUUUUGUGGAGGCAGUAUAGGUGAAAUCUGUACAGAUUGUAUUGCAGUAGUUCAGUAAAUCUUUCAGUCUCAGGAUUUGAUCGUUUUGAUAAUUUAAUUCUAGCUGCAGUACAGCAGGGACUCAAGACAAGACAAAAAAAAUGAAAACGGCAGUUUUUAUGCCUGUUCUAGCAGAUUUUGCUUCAAGCGACUGCUUUGCUUUGACAGUAGAACAUUAAAGAUUUCUUCUGGCAAAAUCA